CUCUCCAAAUUCGCUGCCCUCUUCUUCUUCUUCAGAAGAUUUUGGUCUGUUCUCCAUUGAACCACAGCAAUAAUGCUUGACCCGUUGAAAGUUUCCCUGCUACACUUGUUUUUGACCGUCCUAAACUUCGGCAUCGCAAUCCCAUCCACCACGUCAACAGCAACGACAGUGGCGGUCAAAACUGAAGCGUCGACAACACCACCUACGGUUGCAGCAGUAGACUCCAGAGACCAAAUUACAUGCACAAUGUGCGCUGAAUGCGACAACCCGUGCCAGCCUGUGCCUUCACCCCCGCCGCCCCCACCGGAAGUUGAGUGCUCGCCGCCACCGCCGCCUCCACCCCCACCAGAAGUCGAGUGCCCGCCGCCGCCAAUGCCACCGGCCUGCAGCGUGUGCAAGUUACCGGGAAUCGGAAGCAUCUAUGCUUCCCCGCCUCCACCAAACCCUAUAAUGUCGACUUUCCCAUACUACUACCGUCCACAGGAUUAUGGGGCCUCCAGUUCCCUCCGCUCGGAGAAUGCCGCUGUUUUUGCCACUUCUCUUGUUUUGAAUGUGAUUCUCUACGUGCUACAUUUCUAGCAACUGCCCACGAUAAUAAUGUCUUCCCUCAUUGUACUCGUUCUUAGCCAAAACAUGUGGUCACUUUUGUUUUUUCUGUUUUAGGGUCUCAUUACCAAUUAAUGCUUCAUACAUAGUCGUGAAUGUGAUCGAAUCAGGGUACACCACCCCACCUUAGAAGGUACAUUAGGCCUUUUUAUGCGGAACAAUAAUGAGAAUUUGCUUUUCGUUUGAGGAAA